AUGCGUUCAUCUACAUUCGUUACUUCAGUUGUUUUAGCUAUUGCUGUCUGCGUCAGUGAGGUUAUUGCCACUCCUCCAGCUUGUCUAUUGGCUUGUGUUGCACAAGUUUCCAAGAGUUCCACAUGCGGUUUAGGAAAGGUUUCUUGUUUCUGCAACGACCAAAGUGAUGCUAUUGAAAACUGUUUGAAAUCUAUAUGUCCAUCUGGUGAUUCUGAUACAGCAUUGUCUUCUUUCAAGAGUACUUGUUCGGAACAUGGUGCAUCUUCUGGUUCUCAGUCCUCUGCGUCAUCGACAUCUACUGUUUCUAAGACGUCGUCUGUUUCGAGUGCAUCCGCUUCUAGUGCAUCCGCUUCUAGUGCUUCUGCUUCGAGUGCUUCUGCUUCUAGUACUCCCGUUGGUUCCGGUUCUUCAAUACUCUCUUCGACUUUGGUUGCUUCCUCGAGUGCUGUUCACAGUUCAAAGGCUUCUGAGUCUACUUUUGCUUCCACCACCUUGUCCUCAUCUAUCAUCCAAGGUAGCACAACACCAGGAUUACCUCUUCAACAGUCUAUUGCUGGUGCCGAAUCUCUAGUCGCAGGUUACGGUGUUGCUGGUUUCUUGAUGAUAGCCGGUAUGUUAAUUUAA